AUGUCCUCCAGUCUCAGCUUCGAGGGCGGGCUAAGGCUCACCUCUACAAUAAUAUCCGACUUCUUUCGUCUAGGGACUGGUAAUUACUACAAACAAACACCCAAUAGAGCAAAAUACUCGUCUCCCGCUCAUCGACGGGCUCAUCAUCGUUCAUCCCGAAAUAUGAGAUUAGCUCCUCAACCUCCGAGUCUGGAUAGCCAAACGUCGCAACAGGUUGGCCACGAGACGUUGGGACCUGAUGCAACAGGCAGAGUGGAGCACCUUAUGGCAUUUAAAUCUUAUUCGCCUUGGCCUGGUACAAACCCCGAUACAAAACGCAAAUUUGCCGUUGAUCAUACCAGUCCAGACAAAGAUCUGGAGCAGACUGUUGAAGCUGUCCCAUCGAUCUUGUCAGUCACCCGACAAAACGUUCACUCGAAUGCAAUUUGUUCAACUUUUGAAAAUGUCGAGGACAAUGAGGAGCAAUCGGUUUCCAGUACAUUAUCUUCGAGCAGACAGCGGCAACCAAGUCGCACGACAACAUCUGAAAUGGACCAAAGUCCUCUACCAGAUGUAAUGUCGCCUCUGCAUUCAUCCAUCCCAGAAAAUCCAACCCCACCUGCUAAGACAGUUUUACCGCGAAGAACUUUACAGGCGACAGCUCUAGGAAUAUUUUCAAACGGAAACUCGUUUUUCCAGCGACUCAUGAAAGGCUUUGGCAACAUUGUGCCAAAUUCGACCACAAAUCGAAAUUCCGCCAUCCUGGUACCAUUUCAAGCUGAAAAUGUCAAGAUGAUAAAGAAGAACCUAUAUGACGCUUAUAAAGUACCGGUACCUGCCGCGCUGAAAGAUCAAUGGCAUCAUGUCAUCCAUAAGAAGUUACAAAACAAUAUUGAGGCAGUUAUCCAAAAGAUCGGACUCCAGCCUAACGAAAUGGCAGUCUAUGUAGGUCUAUCAAUGGUUGGCCCCAAAGUUGAAAAUAUGCUGCGCUUAUUGCCGACUAUCGUCAUAUUGUGUGCUCACAAAGAGGCUAAAGUAAAAUUCAAGCAACUCAUCGAGUCUAAAAAACUCGAUUAUCUCCACAAACUUGCAUGUCCUUAUCUUGUUUGUGUUUGGAGACGCGAGUGUACAAACGUAGAUCGCUUUUUUGCCGACAUACACUCGCCUAGCAUGGCAGACCUCGAUGUAACAUCUACCCAACACGCCUUCGCUUUUCCAAAACAAGAAAAUCUCAUGGUUAAGUUCGAACUCGCGCAAUAUAGGGACCGUCACUGUGGGCUGAAGAUCGAAUUCACCAAUUCUAGCCAGCAAUCACAACCGACGGAUAAUUUACCGGACCAUAGUCUUGACUGUGAGCAACACAUGACGGCCAGGGUUGGUGGUCUCGUGGUUGCUGGGGGGCAAAACCUUUGCCAUGACUACUGCGCAUACUUUUCCUUUCGACCAAGUUCGUGA